AUGGCAGCAGUGGCACCACCACCAGAACUGCGCAGAGCUAUCCUGCGCGUGUUCACAACCAAACACUCGCUACAGCUCCACUCCUCCGCCAUCGCAUUCAUCACGUCCACCUUGGCAGAACAUGGUCUGCUCCAACAACCACUCGAGUGGGAGGAAGCCAUCGACGCGCUUGCGCAGGGUAUUGUAGAAGGUCAGACCGAUGUCGACUCCAAGCACGCAUCAUAUACGUCCAAACCUUCGGCAGCGCUCGAUCUAGGAGGAGAGGAAGACUCGUCGGACGUUGUGACGGCAGCCGCGUUGGAGAAGGUGUACUCGAGACUCGUCGUUGCCGAUUCGGCAGCGAACGGUGGCUCAGGGACGGGGACGACGAACAGCCAUGGGCACGAGUUGACGGACGGAGAGCUGCCGGAUCCGCAUCGGUACUUUGGCGUCCAUUCGGCGUUCACCCAGCCCAAGCUGGCUUUCGAUCCGAUACGCAAGGUGUUCGAACCAGCGAGCCUUUCACCGACUGUGCUGCCGACGGCUUCCACCAGAUCCAAUUUCCCAAGACAAAGGUAUCAUAUCCUGAGGAGCGUCAUUGCGAGGAACGAGAACUUUUGUCCACCAUUAGCGAUCGGCACAGCGAGCUCGUCGAAGAACGUCGCGGAUGGGUUCAUGAAGCUCACCUCGACCAAGAACCUGCUCGGACGACAGGGGCAGAGGUUUUUGCUGUUCGGCAUGCUGAGCACCUCCUCCGAUGGUCGGUACGAACUCGAAGAUGCAGACGGGACCGUCGGGCUGGAUCUGCAAACCGCGAUCCCGGGUGAAGGAAUCUUUACGGAAGGAAGCCUCAUCCUCGUCGAGGGAGAGUACACGGUCGAAGAACGCAUCCGUGUGUUCGCCAUCGGUCACCCACCUAGCGAGACGCGCGCACAGGCACGUUCCAUCCACGCGCACACGGACUUCCUCGGCGCACCUCAACCGCCCAUCCUCUCGUCCGCGUCCGCCCCCAGUCGUGCCGUUGCGGCUCCUUGGAGAGGCGCCAUCUCCGUGAAAGAAGAAGCGGCUUUUCAGGUGCACGAAGCCAACCACUCGGAUCUGUGCUUUGUCAUCUUUUCGGAUUUGCAUCUGGAUCACCCCAAAACCAUGUCCGCCUUCUCCACGGUUCUUCAGGGGUAUGUGGAUGCCGAGUUCAUCCCUUUCGCAUUGGUGCUGUGCGGCAACUUUGCUUCGCAGCAGUACACUUCCGCGGACAUGGUGGAAAAGUACAAGGCUGGAUUCGCGGCGUUGGGAGAAACGCUCUCCGCUUUCCCGGCAGUCGUUCGUUCGAGCCACAUCAUCCUGGUACCCGGACCGCAAGAUCCCUUCUCGACCUCGUUGGUACCACGACCUCCUCUGCCACAGGUGCUGGUGCAACCGCUGCUGAACAAGUUGAAGGCGAUGCAGGGCACGAUCCACCUGGCAUCGAAUCCGUGCCGAAUCUCGUACUUUUCGCAACAGAUCGUCGUGUACCGCGAUGAUACCAUGACGAGAUUUUUAAGGAAUACGGUGAGGAUCAAGGACGAGGAGAGGGAGCAGGAGAGGGAGGAGAGGGAGAGGGAGGAGAGAGAUCUGAAGAAGUUCUUGGUGUCGACAGUAUUGGAUCAGGCACAUCUGGUUCCACUGGCUCAAAGGAUCAGACCGGUGCUUUGGGAUCACGAUCAUUCGUUGAGCUUGUACCCCAUGCCUACUACGGAAAAACAGUUGGUGCUGGCCGAUGCAUACGACCGGUACGAAUUGACAUACGAGGGAUGUCAUGUUGUCAAUCCUGGAUCUUUUCGGUCAGGAAACGCUUUUGCUUGGUCGACGUACUAUCCUGCCAGCCGUAGAACGGAGCCAAGGUGA